UGUGACGUUUUAAGUUUCAGUGUAAGUUUCAUGAAGCAGUUCUUUGACUGGGUUUUAAAAAGUUGCAAAAUAAAAGCAAUGUUAAUUCUGAGAGUGACAAGGAAAUGAGAAAGCUUAGUCAUCAAGGUUUUCUUUCUCAUUUUUCUAAAAACACUUUACCUGUCUUAAGUGUUACUUGAUAGGCCAAUUUUUACAUACAUUUCCUUUUCCCAUUUGCAGGCCUUGCUGUCAGCAAGCAGUCCUGCAACAUAUUAGGUGACCAUUCAGCAAGACAAUUUCAAGGGAAGUGUUUUAAGACAAACAGGGCAUGAUCCUGGCUGACCUUUAAGCUGUUGAAAGUACGUUACCACUGUCAUUUUAUAACACCUGUAUCUGCAGCCAGCUUGGCCACAGAGAUGAUAAAGCAGAGCUGUAACUGAACAUGCAACUUAGAAAAUGCUUAUUUUCCAAGUUUCAAUAAUUCACUUCUGAAGUAUCUAACCUGAACAUUCAGUUAACAGGCCUGCAGAGGAAUCUUUAUGAAGAAGAGAGGUUGGGAUCAGGUCACACUGAGCUAAGCUCUCUGAAAAGUAAUUCGUAUCUAAUCAAACCAGUCUGCCCAGAAUGGUGUGUUGAUAGUCAUGUGUUUGGUGAAAGAGAGAGAGAGAGGGAGGGUGUGUGUCUGUGUGUGUGCGCGUGUGUGUGUCUGUGUGUGAGUGUGUGAGUGUAGAGUGACCAAAGUAGGAGCAACAGUUACAUGAUAAGGUACUAGUUUGAAUUUCUCUUUGCAGAGAAGUUCUUUUGUUUCUGUGGAGAUGUAAGUGCUCACACAAUGGAUUUAUAGCACAGGAAAAGGAAAGAAGAAAAAGGAGACCUCAGUUUUUAACUUAUCACAGAGGUACGUGCAGACCACAUGGCCGCAGAAAGCCAUGGUGACUCUUAUAGACUACCCAGCUCCUAUGGAGCUGUUUUCAAAAGCUGGAGAGCUGAGAAUGCCAUUUUCUGAUGUGGUCAAAUACUGCAUUCUGGGUAUCUCCAUCAUUCUCCUACUGCUGGCUCUGGGCAUCUUAGCCUGGCAGAUCUACAGAUUCUGCACAGAGAAAUACACUACAUACACCCAGCAAGAUGCAGGGCAUAAUGAUUUGCUGUAUUCAGACGAAGGGCCAACGACAACAGGAAACUACUCAGGAGCUCCAAGUACCAAACUGGAGGAUGUCAGCACAGAGGCCCACAGACUGAGUCGCUACCUGUCUCAGCCCUCGUUUCCCUCCUUAGCAUCCACCGAGGCAGCUGGAGACAAAGAAGAGCAGGCAACUAUUCAAAAGGUGGAUGGAUCAUUACGAUUCUCCGUCUACUAUGAUCAGAUGCAGUCACGUCUGGUGGUCACCGUGCUGCAGGUGGAGGGGCUUUUGGAACAGAGUGAGAGCCGAACCCUCCAACUAUUUGUUAAAAUACUGCUCAUGUGGGCUGGAUCAGAGGCUGUAGAAGUCGAGGGCUUUAAAGAUGAAGAGGGGGAAGGCUUGUCGCCUGUUCUGUGGACAGUACUGCAGGAGUGGCGUACUCGCAUUGUGAAAGGCAGCUGUAACCCUUUAUUUGGAGACCAGUUCAGCUGUGUUUUACAAGAGGAAAAGCUUCAUCACAUCAACCUAAGGAUGGAGGUAAGAGACUUUGAUAAAUUCUCCAGAAACACAGUGUUAGGAGAUGUGAGGGUUCCUUUAGGACAGCUCAACAUCUCCUACCCUCUGGAACUACAGGAGGAUCUAAAGAUACCCCAGAAGGAUCUUGUUGGAGAGGUGCUUUUGUCCCUGAAAUUUCUUCCCACGUCUCAGAGGCUGGAGGUUGGCCUGCUAAAGGUCAAAACUGUCCUUUCUGAGAUAUCCCCAAAUGCAGCCCUGUAUGCCAGGAUCAGCGUCCAGUGCAAUCAGUUCAAGCUAAAGUACCAGAAAAGCUCUACAGUGGCUCGGUGCCUGGUGACUGUUUUCAAUGAGGUCCUCUUGUUCUCCUUGCCAGAGGUUCAUCUGGAGCGGUGUAAAAUUUUGGUCUCUAUAUAUGAAACUCGCCCAACAAGCAAAUCAGCCAAACAGCUGAUCGGACAGCUGAGUGUGGGGAAGGAGAAGAGUUCAGAAGAUGAGCACUGGACUUUGAUGAUGCGCUCAGUACGUCAGCCAGUAGCAAAGUGGCAUGGCCUACUGAUCUGAAACACAGCAGAACCACCGCUAUCAUCAUGGAGUGUUGUAUUUGUAUGUUUUUACCCUGAAAGCAUGUGUAUCAGACUGUUCAGGCAUCUGCACUUGCUGAGGUAAAGACCAGACAUGCUUGUCCUCCUGAUCUCACAGUGACACAAAACUUUAUUACUCUCCGUACUUACUGCUACUCAACGGUAAACGUGAUGUUUGUAACAAUGCUCCACUUUCUCAAUGCCACACUAACAUUACUCUCAUUACUCAGUUUAUGAGAGGCAUUAUUGACGAACUGUUGGUUCAAAUGUUUAUUUUGGUUGCUAAAGCAGAAACUGUACUUGUUGCUAUCUACAUGUAAUUAGCGUGUACCUAGAUCAGUACGAGAGGACUCGAAAAAAUAAUGAAUGCCACAGUUAUGAUGAUUAGUUGCUUUUUUUUAUUUUUUAUACAAUGUGUAUCUUUUAAUCCACAAUUUAUUCUAUGAAAUGUAAUAUAUGAGACAUUAACUUCACAAGAUAGAAUGCAGUUGUUUAAAACUUCCUAUGAAUCCUUAAUAAAUUCCAUCAUUUGGUAACGGUCACAAUAAUGUUAUUGGAGUAUUAAGCCAUGAUUAACGUGAUAUCAUUUUUAGCAGAAUGGCAGUGCUGCGAUAAAAGAGUGUUCUGCAUAUCACUCUUUUUAUAUGAAGGGUCCAGCGCAACUGAAUAAUUUAAAUAAUAAGUGCUUAAAAGCACUAAAAUUACAAGUAUGUUGACUUUUUCUCCUGAUAAUCAACAUGUCCUCACCCUGCUCUGUGGCUAGAGUGCGCCAUUUUGUGCGCAUGUGUGAUAAAUUGAACACAAGCGGGCGACUGUGUGCGAAGACAAAGUGUGAGAAAUACUAAUUACAUUUACAGUUACAAUUUAAGUAUGAAAUAAAAACAUACAUUAAUGAAAAGUUUACAAAAUAGCAAAAUAAAGUGACUGGACAGAACAAAAUUAAAGUAAUUACCGCAAAUUUUAAAAAGAAUUAAAAAGUAUAGAAUAUGUACCUUUGAAAUAAGGUGAUUAAGUGGAAGUGACAAAGCCACACAUGGAAUAUCAGCACCAUCAUAAUUUCUUUGAAUUUUCCAGUUGACUAAUCCCAAUAAUUGAAGUUAUCAAAAAUGAAGAAUUUAAAAAAAACAAAAAAACAACAACAACUUUGAAUACAUGUUUUAAAAGACUUGCUUCUGCUUUUAAGUCUCCUUUUUUAGGCUGUCAGGCAGGAUGCUUUAUCAGCCAAUCCAUUAAUGAGAAAAGAAAAAGAAGCCAGAAAUGAGCUGAGCAUGAUUGGACAAAGGUUUAGGAAACCAGGGAGAAUAUCCACACAGCAAAGAGCAAAAACCCAUGGUCAGGUGAGUAAUCUACAGGUACAGUGUUGUAUUGCUUUUAUUUUAGCUAUGCCAGUCUCAUUCAGCUAGCAUGUGCUUCACGAACAGCAACGAUUAGUUUUGAAUCCUCAUUAUGAUUGUUAUGCAGAAAGCCAGGCUCUUUUUAAAAUGUGAUCCAAUGAGUAAAAUAAGCUCUUUGUUAAACAUUCUUCUCAAACUCAGUGUGUCACUUUUUUUCACUGCACACAUUCUGUAGCUGAAUUUGAAAUGGAUUAUGUGGGGUAUGUUUUUCAAGCUAGAGCACUGGAUUACAAAGAAAGCUUAAAAUACACAAGAAUGCAUUUUGAAUGAAGUUAUAAAUAUUACCUAUUUAUUUAUGUUCAUGUUGAUUAUUUAAGUGCAGGUUAUUGUGAUUGUUUUUUCCCUCCCAAACCACUGUCUCUAACUUCUUAUCUACAUUCACGAGUCCCUCUGGAGUAUCUUCGCUCUGAGUUGUUUGUGCUCAAAGUCCUAAGAUGUUAAUUGAGAUAUACUUCUAUGUAUUCAUGCCUAAAUUAAUAACUGAAUGCAGGAUACCUCAGUAAAGAUUCAUUAGCACUUAGAUUACCCGUGUGUCAUGUUUACUCUCUUGUUUAUUACUAUGAAAAUAUCACAGACAGGAAAUUGUGAUAAAAAAUAUUUUAUUGGAGUGUAUUUCACAUCAUAUUAUAUGAUUAGAAAUGCACAGUUCACACGUGUGCUUUACUCAGCUGCAUCUUUUCCCUGUAGAACAAAAGAAAACAGUACAUAUGGGUCAGUGUGUAUAAAAACGGAGCAUUCAGUGAAAACAAAUCAAAUUAUUGUCUGUAGCCAAUUUUAUGAAAUUCGAAGCAGAAUUGGGAUAUUUCUUCUUAUAACUUUGUGCAAAAUCUAAAGUGUGUGUACAUUUACCUUGCCAGAGUCGCGGCUCUUAGCUCUCAGCUUGUUGACCUGGGACUCGGCAAUAUCGGCACGUUCCUCGGCCUCCUCAAGCUCAUGCUGGAUCUUCCUGUACUUGGACAGAUGGACAUUGGCCUGCUCCUCCUGUAACAUUGUAAUAAGUCAAAAUUUCUUAGUGUCCAAAACGAUGACAGUUUGUUUGCACAAAACUAAAAUCUGACAUAGAGUUGAGGGGGGUUUUUUUCUGUGUGGUCCUUACCGCUUCCUCAGCCUGCCUCUUGUAGGCCUUCACCUUGAGCUGCAGCUUGUCAACCAGAUCCUGCAGCCUGUUAAUGUUCUUCUUGUCCUCCUCAGUCUAUAAAAGAAAACACAUUUUAAAAAUGUGAUCCACUGGUUGCUGGAAUAGGCUCCAGCCCCCCGCGACCCUGAUAAGGAUAAGUGGAACAGAAUGGGUGGAUGUAAAAUGUUAAUGUGCUUUACCUGAUAGGUGAGCUCCUUCACUCUCCUCUCAUAUUUACGGACACCCUUAACAGCAUCUGCACCACGCCUCUGCUCAGCUUCAACCUCAGCCUCCAGCUCACGCACCUUCAGAAAUUUGAGCAAACUUUUAAAAUCCAUGGUUUAUAUAUGUGUGUUUUCACACAUAUUUUUCAGCUGCACAUUCUUCUUACCCUGGACUCAAGUUUCUGGAGCUGUUUCUUGCCACCCUUCAUAGCCAGAUUCUCAGCCUCAUCCAGGCGGUGCUGCAGGUCCUUAACAGCAGCCUCAAGGUUCUUCUUCAUCCUCUCCAGGUGAGCGCUAGUGUCCUGCUCCUUCUUCAGCUCCUCAGCCAUCACAGCAGCCUAGAAAACAUGACCUCAAUUAACAGAGUGAUGAAGACAAAGCUGAGUUGUACCGUCGUAGUGGACAUGUGUAUAAACCUACAUCAGUGAUGGCCUUCUUGGCCUUCUCCUCUGCAUUUCUUGCUUCCUGAACAGUGUCAUCCACUUCACUCUGGAUCUGAACCAGGUCAGCCUCAAGCUUCUUCUUGGUAUUCAGAAGGCUUGUGUUCUAAGACAUGGAAAGUUUACAUUUUAGGAUGUUCAUUUUAAGUUUGUCUAAAGAAACAAUUAAAGUGUCUCUUCAAAAAUGUUCACCUGAGAGUGCAGCAGACCAACACGCUCACUGGCGUCCACCAGCUCCUGCUCAGCGAUUUUGCGGCUUCUCUCUGUCUGUUCCAGAGCAGCUCUAAGCUCCUCAAUUUCAGCUACCAUGAGACCGUUCCUGCGCUCCACCAUAGCAGCUUGUUCCUUGAGGUCAUCCUGAGACCUGACAGCAUCAUCCAGGUGCAAUUGUGCAUCCUAGUAAAAAAGAAUAUCAAAAUUAUAUUCACAUGAAUAAAAAAAUGUACUUACACAGAAUGUGUACAACAGCUAUGUGCUCUAUCAUACCUUCAGCUGUGCCUGGACAUUUCUCAGCUGUUUCUGGGACUCAGCAGCCUGGCGAUUAGCAUGGCUCAGCUGAAUCUCCAUCUCAUUCAGAUCACCCUCCAUCUUCUUCUUGAUUCUCAGGGCAUCAUUCCUGCUCCUGACCUCAGAAUCCAGAGUGCUCUGCAUGGAGUCAGUCACUCUCUGGCUGUUCCUCUUGAUCUGCUCAAUCUCUUCAUCUUUCUCUGCCAGCUUCCUGUCUACUUCACCUUUGACCUGGUUGAGCUCCAGCUGAACACGCAGGAUCUUAGACUCUUCAUGCUCCAGAGUUCCCUAAUCAUAUGAAAGAAUGAAUAUGAAAAGAUAUUCAUCUCUGCAUUUGUAGAUUUUACUUCUGUAUAACUGAAUAUUUAUUUUCAGAGGAGCUCCUCAGACAAAGAUUUACCUCAGCCUCUUCAAGAGCUGUCUGGAUCUCAGACUUCUCUGUCUCCACCUGCUUCUUGGCCUUCUCCAGCUCAUGAAUGCUCUUUCCAGUCUCACCAAUCUGUUCAGUCAGAUCGGAGAUCUCCUCUGCAGAGGCAUGUGUGAUAUUGUUUAGUCUUAAGACAUUAAAAAUGAACACACGUUACUUGCACAGCAUAGUAGAAACUCACGUUGCAGGUUCUUGUUUUCACGCUUCAUGGUCUCCAGCUGAUCCAAGGCUUCCUCAUAGGAGUUCUUCAUCUUGAACAGUUCAGUGCUGAGAGAACGAGCCUCCUUCUGAGCUCCUUCCACCUCUGCCUGACCCUCCUCAUACUUCUGUUUCCACUCUGCCAACACCUAUAUAUACAUUCGAUGCAGUUAUUCACCCAUACUAAGAGAAACCAUGAGUAUGUGUCUUGUUCAAGCAAAGUAAAUGAUGGUACCUUGUCAAAGUUCCUCUGCUUCUUGUCCAGGUUAGCGGCCAGGCCAUUAGCUCUCUCCACAUCAAUCAUGAGGUCCUCCACUUCACUCUGGAGCCUCUGUUUGGUCUUCUCCAGAGAAGCACACUUGGAGUUAACAGCCUCGAUCUGCUCCUCUGCCUCCUGAAGGCGCUGGGCCAGCUUUUUCCUUUAUGAAAAAACAUUGUUUCAGUAAAAGCUUAUUGUUUUACUUGUUUUUUGCUCACAUUCUUACUAACUAAAUACUCACUUGGCUUCCUCAAGCUCCUCAGUGCGCUGGAUAGCAUCAGUUUCAUAUUUGCUUCUCCACUGAGCCACCUCACUGUUGGCCUUGGACAUUGAACGCUGCAGCUCAGCCUUGGCCUCCUGCUCCUCUUCAAACUGUUCCCUCAGCAGGUCACAGUCGUGGCGAGCUGACUGCAGUGCAUGGGCAAGGGCAUUCUUGGCCUGGUGUAAGACACAUCAUUGCAUGAGCAAAAUGUCGGAAUUACCAACAAAAAACUAUACGCACUUUUACCAUUUAUGAUGGAUUCAAACUUGGGCCUUACAGCAUAGGGAUCACCUGCUCUGUCUGGUAAGCCAUACCAGCCUCCAUUGAAGUGUUUCUUACCUUAAUCUCCUCUUCAAUGUGUCUCUUCAGCUCCUCAAUCUGCUGUGUGAAGGCCUGUUUGCCUCUGGUCAGCUGAGAGACGAGAGCUUCUUUCUCUUCAAUCUGGCGGCUGAACUCACCUUGUGUAAAAAUAGUCAUCAAACUUUAGUUUGUGUUCAGUUUUUCUAUCGAAAACAGAAGAUCACUAUAAAGGACUAAGUUCGGAUCACUGCAUGUUGUCUUAUACAAACCAUUUUCCGUGAGCAGACGUGCUCUCUGUGCACCCAAAUCAUUGAUCUGACGGACAUUUUCAUCGUUUUUGGCCUUCAGUUCACUAAGUUGGUCCUCAAGAGUACGGCACAUCUUUUCAAGAUUUCCCUAGAGAGGGAGAAAAAGAUUCAUCAGUGACAAGAUUUUAUGUCAUCACUAUUUGCUGGUGAUUUAAGUAUUAAAAUAAAUGAAUUUUGUUGUUUACCUUUGCUUUAGCGACAGCUUCCAUGUUGCUGGACAGGUCGUCAAUCUCCAUCUUGUAUUCACUCUUUUCCUUCUCAAGCUUCUGCUUGACACGUUGGAGGUUGUCGAUCUGCUCUCCCAGCUCAGCAACGCUGUCAGCCUGCUUCUUGCGCAGAGCAGCAGCGGUGGCUUCAUGCUGCAGAGUAGACUCCUCCAGGUCACGACGGAGCUUCUGGAACUCAGCUUCACGCUUCUUGUUCAUCUCAAUCUGAGCAGCAGUUGCACCACCUGCUUCCUCCAGCCUUUCACUGAUCUCUUCAAGUUCCCUGGAGAGGUCAGCUCUCUGCUUCUCAACCUUGGCGCGAGCAGCACGUUCAGCCUCAAUCUCCUCCUCCAGCUCUUCAAUACGAGCCUGUUGGAUUAGAUGUGUGUCUCCUUUGAGUAAACUUUCAAAUUUAAAGUACAACGCAGAAAAUAUGUAUGGACUAUCAUUUGAUGUAACAUCAUGUAUCAUCUACCUGAAGCUCCUUGAUCUUCUUCUGAAGCUGGGCACCCAUUGACUGCUCAUCCUCAAUCUUGCUAAGGAGCUGACUGAUUUCAAAGUCUUUCCUGUGAAAAUAAUAAGUUGCAUAAUUAAUAAAUGUACAUAUUAUGUCCAAUCCUUAGAAGGAUGCUUGUCAUAAAGGGGGAAAAAAUGAAAGUACUUUUUCAGUUUCUCAUCAGACUGCUGCUUGUCAUUCUCAAGAUCCAUAAUGGAUUCCUGGGCUAGCUUCAGAUCACCCUCCAGCUUCCUCUUGGCUCUCUCAAGGUCCAUACGAAGCUUCUUCUCUUGUUCCAGAGAACCCUCAAGCUGCACAAUGACAUGACUUUGUUAUUCUCUUGUUCAAGAAGAGGUUUCUUUUCUCUCUGUUUUGCCAUCACCUGUGACAUUUUCAACUUACAUCAUCAACUUGCUGCUCAAGCUUGGUCUUGGACUUGGUCAGAGUGUUGACUUUGUCUUCCUCAGACUGGAGGUCAUCAAGAGUCUGCUGAUGAGCCUCCUGAAGAGCUUUCUUCUCCUUAGUCAGCUUAGCGAUGCUCUCAUCUUGAGAAGCCAUCUCUUCAGUCAGAUUCUUCACCUACAUUUGCAAUUACAGUGUUAUUAACAUGUGACUGUAUUGUUGUAUACAUGUUGUUUAAUCUGCUAGGUAUAAUCCAAAUGUCAAACCUUGUUCUCAGUGGCAUGUUUCUCCUUCUCUACUUUAGCCAAGGUAAGCUCCAGGUCAUCGAUAUCUUUCUUGAGCUCAGAGCAUUCAUCCUCCAGCUUUCUCUUCUUGCCAGUGAGCUCGGCAUUGAUUUCUUCUUCAUCCUCCAGUCUCUCAGUUACCUCUUUGAGUUUUGCCUCCAGCUGAAUCUUGCUCUUGAUAAGUCCCUCACAUCUCUCCUCAGCAUCUGAGAGAUUCUCUGAUUCCUAGUUUGCAUUGGAAGAACACACAUGAACACGUUAACAUUGUUAACAUUUUAUGGUAACAAAAUAAAAGGGCACAGCUUCUCUUGAUAUCUACUUACAGAUGCCACUUGGAGCUGCAGAUCGUUCUUCUCCUGCAGAAGGGACACCAUCUUCUCCUCUAGUUCCUUCUUCUUGGCCAGGGCAGCAGCCAGAUCUGUUUUCAUCUUCUCAUAAUUCUCCUUCAUCUGCUGCAGCUCCUUCUCAGUUUCAGCACUCUUGAGCAGAGGCUUGAUCUUGUAGUACACCUUCAUCCAUGGCCAGUGUUUGACAUUCAUGAAUGAGCGGAUGUUGUACUGGAUGGUGAAGAUGGACUCCCUGUGCACAAGAGAUUUCCAUUAUUGACAAAGUUAUUUUUCACUGUUUUUAUUCUGGCUCAUUGCUCUUAAUUGCUGUGUUCAACAUACCUCCUCUCCGUCAUUUUGACAUACUCCUUUCUCAUGAGGAAACCACGGCAGACAGCCUGAGUCAUGGUGACCAGAGCUGCCAACUUUUCAUCUCUCAUCUCCUCAAGGGUACCCAGGAGACCAGCCUUGAAGAACACCUAAAUGAUCACAAGAGAGAAUUAUAUUAUAGUAAGCGUUCAAUUAGAAAUGAUUCAGAAAGUAAAUGUAAAUCUACAUCAGGUUUGGGGAAUUUUAUGAACGUACACAGUGAAAGGCUUGCUAAACUAAUGACAUGCUAUUUGAGAAACCUUGUGCCUCCUGUGUAGACACGUCUGCAUUACAUAUGGGAGUUGGUUUAUUGUCUACCAUACAAUAUCUCAUGUGUGCACAAAGUAGCAUAAUUUAUGUCAAAUGAGCCACAUAAAAUAAUAAGAAUUUUUAAAACAAAAAAGAAAACAUAACGAUAAAUGUGUCAAAUAGUUGAUUAAAUGUACUUUGAGAAAAAAUAGGAAAAUUUUGAUUUGAUCUUCAUGUGUAACUAUGAUAAUAAAUUCAGGGCUAUUGAAAUUUGGGGAUGGAAACUUGUUGAUGUUUUACUUGAGCUUCUUUUCAGUUUUCAUCCAGUUCACUGACCUUACUUCCUUCAGUUUUGUCCAAAAGUAAUUGUUUUAAGCAGACAGAUUUUUAAAAAUUAAAAAAGUAAUUUUAUAUUCAUGCAUGGAUCUAUAGUAAUUCAAUCAGGUUGUUUACCUUAGUGUGUCCAAAUCUGUACUGGUCGUGAUCAACAUCAAUUGAUCCAAGCAGUUUCUCUGCAGCCUUCUUGUUGUCAAUGAACUGGCCCUCAGGGAUGACGCUGGCAUUCAGUACCUUGUAUCUUUUGUGAGAGAGUGAUUUGUCAGUGUCAGCAUUUUCUUAUCAUAUUUUGAAUCAAAAGUCCACGAGGAUAUUAAUUGCACCUCUGUUUGAAGUCACCAUAGAGGAUUCUGCUGGGGAAACCUUUUCUGCAGAUUCUGAUACCCUCCAGCACACCGUUACACCUGAGCUGGUGGAUGACCAAGAAGUUCUCCAUCAGACCUGUAGAACAAAAAUGUUUGAGUUCAUACUGUGAACAAACACUAAUUUGCUGUUUUCUAAUCCAAACCUGUGCAUGUAGGCACACAAAUUAUGUUGGGUUACCUGGAGUCUUUGACUCGUUAGGGAUCAGGCAACGCACAAAGUGAGGAUGGGUGCUUCUCAGGUUUGUCAUUAGCUUGCCCAAGUUCUCCUGUAGGUACACAAAAGUACAUUUUUGUCAUGAAAAGUAAAAAUAAAAAAUGUAUUAUUUUACAUUUAAUUUACUUCUCAAACCUUACCCUGAACUGUGAAGACACAGUCUGCAUGGAGCCACCCUUCUUCUUGCCACCCUUCUUGCCAGUCUCUGUUUUUUGUUUGUGAAUUGUAAUUAAAAACAUUGUGAGACUCGUAAUACCAAACAAAACUUAAUAACAUGUAGAAUAUGGAAAAUGUAUGUUUUCAGUUACAUCAUACCUUCAACUACAGGUGGAUACAGAAGACUCAGCAGUUUAACUGAGGACUUCUGGUAAAGUUGCAGCACAGACUCAUUCAGUGGGUCCUUGUUCUUAUCCAGCCAGCCACCGAUGUUGUAGUCCACAGUGCCAGCAUAGUGCACCAGGGAGAAGUGGGCCUCAGCCUUGCCCUUGGCAGGUUUUGGCUUCUCAAAUGCUUUGCACUUGCCAAGAUGCUGGUCAUAUAGUUUGUUCUUGAAGGAUGUGUCAGUUGCCUUGGGGAACAUGCACUCCUCUUCAAGGAUGGAGAAGAUGCCCAUGGGCUUGAUGAAGGUAAAGAAAAGAGAUAUGUCACCAAGUGGCACUUUUCCUCUAUUAUAACAAAACUGACAUAAAAAAGAUAUAAGAUUCAAACAUGAACUUGAAGUAUACCUUUUCAAUAAGCUCAAUGCAGGCAGCCAAGUCCAUGCCAAAGUCAAUGAACUCCCAGAUAAUACCCUCCUUCUUGUACUCCUCUUGCUCCAGGACGAACAUGUGGUGGUUGAAAAACUGUUGCAGUU